CCUGGUUGUCGCUUCAUCCCACCUUCUGACUUUUCGUACGCCCCUCAUGGCCGAAGUGGCCGGCACCAUCUUUGGUGUCAUUUCUCUCUCCAUCCAGCUGUUUGACAAAUUGAACACGUACACCAACAUUGUCAAAGAUGCGAGGACGAAGGCUGAACAGAUCACCGGCGAACUGGACACACUGGUGAACCUUCUUGAGAAUCUGGAGACCAUCAUUAGCAGACUGGACCCUACUACAUCCACCGCAUUGACUAGGAACAGCAUCCAAGAAUGCGUACGGGCUAUUGAGGUGAUCAGAUCGAGACUUGGAAACGUCCCGCCAGUGAAAGGCUCCGUCAGGUUCUGGACACGUUCUAGGAACGUCAUUAAACGACUGACAUAUCCCUUCAAAGAGAGCGAUAUCAGAUACUGGAAAGAUGUUCUGGCAAGCAUCCAACAGAGCCUGCAGACCGCUCUGCUCGCGUCGCAAACCGAUCAGCAGCAACGAUAUUUCACGACUUUACAAGCACAGCUUGAUCGGCUCUCCCUCAAUACCAGUACUGGAAUUCAAAUGAUCCUUGACCAGCAGCGACAUGCCAAUAUUCUGGCUGAGCAGACCAUAGACCAGCAUGCAGGCGUAGAGAUCUCUGGGUACCGAAGACACCAGGGAUCAUUCCAAUCCCUCCUCCAGGACUAUGAUCGUUCUUCUACUCAGAACACCUCAUUCAGCUCUCGCUCUCAAGUUGGAUCCAAACCCGGGAGACAUCAUGAUCCUCCUAACUCGCUAUUGACAGUGUCUGCAGUUGAUCUAGAAGAAGAUGUCACGGAUUUUCGAAAUCUCGAGCGAAGAAUACGAACGGACCGUCUGCGAUUAAAAAAGAAGCUAAAUCCUCUUAAUUCAUGUUCAUGCCGUGAACGUCGUCAGAAGAAACAGUUCGUACGAACACCGUUUGUUGUGUCGCUGAAUGAAUUGCAUUUUCAUGAUUCCAGCUGCCCGUUCUGGAUACCUGGGACUCACGACGUGAACUUCAGCUUCGGAAUGAUACUGUGCUAUCUUAUCCUUGGGCUGAAGCUUCGAAUUUUCAUGACGUUGUCAAUUGCAAGCGGCACAUUUUCGGUUAAUCCAAGUUUGUCGGCAUGUCGAAUCGUCUCUAGGAAUUCCCCGGCGUUCGAGCUAAUCGAUAGGAUGUUCAAUCGCAGUUAUGGCCCUCCCCCCAUGGAUAGUUCGGCAGAGCUGAUAAAACUGUUCCAAACACGUGAGGCAUCACCACACGACCGCUUGAUAGAUGGGUCAACGCUUCUACACCAUUUUUGCCACGAAUUGACUGUACGAUUUCGUUUGAAUAUACUCCUGUACGACUUCGAAGAACAUCGAUCGAUCGCCCAUCACUUACUACGCUACAUGUCUUAUGCGGAUGCAUCGGAUACCAAUGAUAAUGGCAAAACAUGCUUAGACUUUGUUUUGCGGAUAGCCAGCGUCGAUCAUCUAUGGGUGUCAUUCAUCACCGAUCUCUUGCAGCAUGGGCUGAAAAUAUCACCAGGAAGCUAUCCUAUUGAUUACAUAAUCUCUUGGAACCUACUUCCAUUCAAUGAGUUUCCGGACUCCUUCAUUGGUUGCAGUGAUGCAACUGUAGCAGCAUUGUUGAGAUCAGAAGCGGACUUUAGUAAACUUGUACAAAAACGCCACCCGGAAGAGGUAUUGAAGCAGGAAGAAGGGUCUGAACUCUACAAAUUGGUAACUCAGAUGGGUUGGGUACGUGGCUGCCAGAUUCUUGUUGACACAGGCUUCAGGUAUGUAGCACAAGUACCCGAGGGUUGGGGGAACGGGUCAGAUGACUUGUGGUAUCGGUGCCUUCUCUUCAAAGCCUUAUAUUCUCGAAAUCAAGAGAUGGUAAAGUUCUGGCUUGGAAAGCGCGAACAUGCUACGAAGGGUUACCUCACAGAUAUCGGAAACCUACAAAGUGCCUUGGUAUGGGCUUUGAAAACGUCAGAAGCAAACAUCGCAGAGAUCCUUCUUACGAAUCUGGUCGAGCAGAGAUCCUGGAUCCAAGAAACCCUGGAGCUGUAUGGUGUCGAGUGUGAAUGUGCGAUUAGAUCAAAAGGUUUACUAGACACCCAUACCACUUGUGCACUACGUGCACUUGAUGAACAGGGCUUUGAGCUACUACCUUCUUUUCGGCCGACCUUUGGGAACAUUUACAACGUCAAAAUGAUCUACAACGACGUGUUUUUAGGGGUUAGAGACCCACUACUGACUCUAAACUUUUUGUACGAUGCCGGGUUUAGAGACAUCGCAAAAGUGGAUAUCGAAUGCCGCCAAAACGACUCCCCCACACCAUUGCACAUCGCGAUCAUGUACUAUCCUUAUCGCACUAGUCGGACUUAUUCGGUGUCCAAGUUCUUCGAAAUGGUAGAUUGGUUUCUCUCCAAAGGAGCAGACCUGGCCGAUUGCUGGCCGAGAUCGAGGGUUACUACAUUGCAUUGUAUCAGCGCAAAAGCAGCUACCCGCUUCACCUCGGAGACAGGCCAAGCGAAAUCAGAAGACAUUCUAGACAGAGUCGCAGAUCUGUUUCAACAUACACUCACAGACGACUGCGAAUGCAGCUGUAGUAUGCAUGGAUGUAAUAGCAUCACAUCUUUCUGCAAGCAUGCAGAUGUUUGGGUUGACGACCAUAUAAACGUCUUGACCUAUAUGAAGCCAGGACGCGUCACGGUCUCCCAGCGUUCCGAAAGUUGGUUGGAGCGCUACUGCAAACAAAUGGCUCCCCAAAAAUCCCGAGAGAUUGUGCAGUGCGUAGCAAGAGCGGCCGACGGUGUGACAAAUAGAUGGAUCGUCACCGAGUUCAUCCGGCUCUGUAUCUUUUCCUGGUUGGAAAUACGCCAUACUUGCUGCGAUCUUGACGGAAUUUUAAAAGCUGACGCAACCGACUUCUCGUAUCAACCUCUACCGCGAUAUCCUCUACCGCGAUGUCCUCCAGCCGAACUACUACGAAUUCAGGAGUAAGACGCUCAUCUCACGUAUGUUUUAGAAGAAAUGGUACCUCUUUUCGAUGCCCGGUAUGACACACACGAAGGCAGUCUCCAAUCUUUCGUGGACGAGAUCCUGUUCCCGGAGAUGAAGAAAGUGCUUGAUCGAUUGAAGCAAGAGGACGAAGCGUUAUAUGCCACUAGAAGGCGGGAGAUGGGGGUUGUAAUGGUCGACCAAUGAGAAAGUGCUGCAUGAGAUCGAGGUCGCAAUUGGCGUAUAUAUAGAGAGCAGGGGUUGCAUUUGUCAACACCAAGACGCACCCUGAAGGUAUACCCUGUUAAUUUUAUUAGAAUUGUGAUGUAGAUAACCACGUAUACCUUUUUUUGUUUUUGAAGAAAAGGAAAUAUUCAGUAACGACG